AUGGAUGGAAUCUGCCAUGUAUUAUUAAAUAUUGCAUAUCCGUAUAUAUACACCCUAACAAAGGAGCUACUUGUUCAAAUACAAUAUACAAAGGAGGAGAAACCACUUGCUGUAUUCCAACUUGUGAUAGCAACACUUUCAUUCUAUCAAAUCCCAAAAGAGAAGAAGCUUGAAAAGAAAUGGUUGCAUUGGAUUGGUAGAUCUGGUUUCAUUCCAAACAAGUAUCACAGAGUUUGUUCAAAACACUUUGUGGGUGGCAAGAAGACCUGCCUUAACAACACUCCGUGUUUAGUACAAAAACUGUUGAUGCCCAAACAACCAAACCCUAGAACCACAUCAAAAUGUAGGGACAGGAAAGCAAUACCAAAAAGGAAAACUGAUGAGAUACAAGGGGAGUCAAAGCUGAAGGAUGUUAGAAUUUUAGAACUUGAACAGUUAGUUAAGAAAUUAAAGCAGGAAAAGGAAGAGCAACAAGAGGAGAUAUUGGAACUAAAGAAGAAAGUGGAACAAUAUGAUAUGGAGAGACAGCUGGAGAAGGAGAAGUGUGGUCAAAAAAGAAUAUUAACACCUGAGGAAGAGCUAUUUUUGUGUCUUGCGAGACUUCGAUUAGGCUUGUUAGAGAAAAAUUUGUCUGACGGAUUCUAUGUAUCAAUAUCACAAGAGUAUGUUAGAAGUACAAUGCCAGAAAACAUAAAAGACAAUUAUCCCAAAACCAGAGUUAUAGUUGAUUGUACAGAACUAUUUAUUGACACUCCAUCUCAACCACGAAGCCAAAGUGCUACAUUCUCAACUUACAAGAAUCAUAACACUGAGUUGUAUGCUGGGAAUACAUCAGAUAAACAAUUGACACAGGACUGUGGAACUUUAGAUCUUCUUGAAGAGGGUGAUGAGAUAAUGGCAGACAGGGGCUUUGAAAUUGAGGAUUGUUUACCCCAUGGUGUUUCCUUAAACAUACCACCUUUUCUUGGUGACCAGUUACAGUUUUGUCAAGCUGAUGAAGUUAAAACUCAAAGAAUAGCAAAGCAUCAAAUCCAUGUAGAAAGAGCUAUACAGCGAAUUAAAACCUUCGGCAUUCUGAAACACGACUUGCCGAUAUCAAUGGCAGCUGAUUUUAACAAGAUUUGGGUUGUUUGCGCAUAUCUAACCUUGUUUUUCAGACCAUUAAUUCGGGAACAUGAGGAAUGA